AUGUACCACGAUAUCACACCAACUCCAGCUGUGACGGUGCGGCGGCGUCAACGGCAGCGCCCUGCGGUUCGUAGUCACUACAAACUCGACGAGGUCGCAGCGUUCAUUCUCGCUGGGGCCUCUGCUUCAUCUGCCGAAUCAACGCCGUUUCAACGCGUUGCACUGCAAUUUCCCGAUGAGCUACUUGAGGACGCCAUUGCUGUGACGGAGAUACUGAAAGGCCUCUUGUCCGAAAACCAGGGCUGCGCCGGUGGUGUGGAAAUCUCCACCCAUGGAGUUGAGAGAGACCGCGUAACAACUGAGGCGGUAAUGGUGAAUGACAAAAAAGUACGUCUUUUUGUCGUGGCUGAUAACACCUUUGGAUCCUGUUGUCCGGAUGAGAUUACUGCGCAGCACUACGGCAGCGACUGCAUCAUUCACUUUGGAGAUGCAUGCAUGAGUCGGUCCACACGUAUUCCAGUCUUUUAUGUGCAGGACGAGUUCCGGUUUGCCGCUCUUUCAGCAUACCCACAGGAGGAAGCGAGAGUGCUCUCAGUGCGUAUUCUGCUUUCUGCAGUGAGAGUACUGCGGCGUCGCUUGAAGGGGAUGUGCCACGCGUUGGAGGGAAAAGGGAUUUCUGCAGUUGUUUCUUUGGUCGUUGUUGGGAGUCAUCGCUCGCGGGGUAUUGUGGAUGCUGCCGCACGUCUUUGGGUAAGUGAGGCCCAGACAGCAACAUCCACCGACAGCAAAGUGUUAGUUGAGUGGUGCAGAUUCGACCCUGUUUCGGCGGCGACCCACAUACCGGACGCGUCCGUGCCUUCUUCUUCUUCUGCAGGACCCUCAUGGAUUAUCAACGGUGUGCGUUUCUCUCGUGCCGGCCCAAAAAUAAUCCAACGCUUUCUGUUUGUUGGCGCCUCCAGCGCGUUAUUGCCGCUUCAUCUUCUUAAUGUUCACCAGUACAACCUCUUUCACCACCCAGAGGAGUUGCGGGAAGCGGCGUUUGAUGCUGAGAACUCGCCUGCGCUCGCAAUACUUGAUGAGGACUUCGGUUGCGGUGCUGAAGGAGGUCCAAAGGAUGCGGCACUGGGCAAUGGUGAUGACGAUGACCUGCGGACGACGGACGCCGCAGUGGAGGCCCACUUGAACCGUAACGACAGCAAACUCGCUGCGAUUCAAGCAACGUUGAGCAAGCGGAUGCGGCAACGCGCGUUCAACAUGGAAUUGAUCCGCUGUAGUAGUGCGGUGGGAAUUGUUGUGGCUUCCUUGGCGAUUGAGGGUUACUAUGAAACGACAAUGCUGCUCCAUCGACUUCUCCGUGCCCAUGGAAAGCGGGCGUACAUUAUUUAUAUUGGGCAUCUAAACAAGUACAAAAUCGCUAAUUUUGUGGACACGGUAGACUGCUUUGUCUCGAUCGCCUGCCCGAAUAGCCGUGAGAGCCAUUUCCCUACCAAAGAGGAUGAUUUUUCAAAGCCAAUUGUGUCUCCCAUUGAGGUUCUACUUGCCCUGCGAACGGAAGACUGUGACGCACCGCUCUUUGGUCAUCCGGCCGUAUACAGUACGGCGUUUGACUCCGUUCUUCCGCUUCUGCGCGAAGCCAUGCAGGCAGUGGAGGUUGCGCGCGCUGAAAGGAAUACCUCCACCGUUGCGGUGCCAAUGGAAGGCGGGGGUGGCGCCGCUUUGAUUCGUGCGUCUGCUGGCGUGGUUGCCACUCAGGGCGCUAAUGGGGCCUUGGCUCGUCUUCACGAGCGUACCUUCGUUGGAUUGGAUCCGAAAAAGGGACAAACACCCGUGCAGGGGGAAAUACUUGAAGGACGCCAUGGGAUUGCGCGUGGUUACGCCACUGAAAGGGAACCGCAGGUAGGGAAGUCGUAG